UUUUUUUAUUCUUUUGACUUUCAGUAAGCGAUGGUGACGCUUCAUCUUUUGAGAACAGCGAAAUCGUGUUAACCAGUAAAUGCAUCUUGUUUGUAUAUGUUUAGUGCAAAAUCGUGUAAAAUACUAAAUGUAUGAGCGGUGUUUUGGAUUUUCAGGGCCCCCUAGGACUUUAAGUUAAUGGAAUUCUCAUCUAGAUAUUGGCAAAAUUAUUUAUGCCUCAAUGUUAAAGGCAGACCAUCAAAUCUAUCUUAAAUAUUUCACUUUCAUUUGUGAAGAUAAAUUCAACAGUUGCAGGCAAAUAUUCGCAAGAGGAAUCCGACACGCUUUUUUAAAACAUGGGCAAAUUUUCAUCGUGUUUUUUUUCCCGAUGUGCUCACAGCAAACAUGGAAUUUAUCAUUAAUUACAAAUAUCACACGUUCAUCAUGAUGAAAGUUUCUGGAUAUAUGGUCGAGCAUAUCCUAAUUUCGCACGUCAACGAAAAUCUAAACUUUGGAAAAGUAACAUGAAGAUCCGUACUAAAACAAACAUAGAGUGUUUGGGCAUUUUAAGAAUGCGAAGUGUAUGUGGUGAUUCCUGUCUUCAGUUUGCAAAAAGUCAAAAGUUUUGCCGAAGACGCGACCGUCUGCAGACCCAAGACGCCGCGAGAAAUAAACAAGCCUUCUGGCGAAGCAACACCCAGCAAGUUACCUGAACGUCGGGUCACAAGAAAAAACAACACACCUGGAUGCCAGAGAAGAGACGCUUGUCCAUGUGUGUGGGUUGUGGUUCCCAGAUUCACGACCAGUUCAUUUUAAGGGUGGCCCCCGAUUUGGAAUGGCAUGCUUCGUGUUUAAAGUGUGCCGAAUGCAACCAAUUUUUGGACGAGAGUUGUACAUGCUUUGUGAGGGAAGGAAAAACUUAUUGUCGGAAAGAUUACGUUAGGAACUUUGGAGCUAAAUGUGCAAAAUGUAACUUGUCAUUCGGUAAAAGCGAUUUUGUGAUGAGAGCGCGAGACCAUGUAUACCAUAUAGACUGUUUUCGUUGUGUUGCAUGUAGCAGACAAUUAAUUCCUGGCGAUGAAUUCGCCUUAAAAGACGAUGAACUAUUUUGUAAAGCGGACCAUGACGUCGUAGAAAGGUCCUCAUCCACCAAAGAAAACGGAAACGGAAGUAGCGCCGAAGAAGACAGUCCCAAAUCGUCAAAAAUCCGGAAAAUCAGCAGCAGCAAUAAUGAUGACAACAACAAUAAUAGUGACAUUCAAAAAGGAGGAUUACAUUUGGCGGGUCGAGUGGAGCAGGUUUCAAAUUCGUCGAAGUCCAACGGCAUGCGGGGGCAUCUACAUAAAUCCGAACAGAAGCCUACCCGGGUACGGACAGUACUUAAUGAAAAACAGCUACAUACUCUACGCACGUGUUACAAUGCUAACCCUCGGCCCGACGCUCUCAUGAAAGAACAGUUAGUGGAAAUGACAGGGCUAAGCCCGAGGGUUAUCCGAGUGUGGUUUCAGAACAAACGGUGUAAGGAUAAAAAGAGAAGCAUCCUGAUGAAACAGAUUCAGCAGCAACAACAGGAAAAGAAUGGAGGUAGAUUGCAUGGUCCGCUACAAGGAGUGCCGAUGGUAGCUUCGAGUCCAGUUCGUCACGAAAGCCCAAUGCAGGCUAAUCCUGUAGAAGUUCAAAGCUAUCAGCCGCCAUGGAAAGCUCUGAGCGAAUUCGCCAUGCAGAGCGAACUAGAGCAUCCACCAUUUCAACAACUGAUGAAUUCCUUUGACACCAUAGAUUCUGACGACACUUCGUCGUAUCACAAUGACGGCUAUACGGACGGGUACGGCCAUGGGUGGAUGAACGGCGAUCUCGACGGAAAUUGUUCCGAUUCGGACUUUCCCGGAACACCUUCGGAAAUGUCAAGUCCACUCAGCCAAUAAUGUUACGGAAUUAAUAUAUCAAAAAAUAAUCAUGGAGAAGUUGUGACAUUUCUUCAGAAUUCCAAACUACAUAAAUCAAUCCAGAAAUGAAUAAGGAGGCUUGGGUCUCAUUCAGGGAAAGACUGCACAUUGUGUUUGUCGGGUCAUGUGUUUUAUGACGUGAUUCCCGCCAUUCGUACACUACUGAAUAUCUAUGCUCAGAGACGUUUUGUAAAUUCUAGAUGUUGUGACCACUUGCGUGCUGCUUUCUUAUUGAACUUUUGUAAAUAAAACAAAACACAAAGAGACAUUAAAGCCGUCAGUUUACUGCAAAAGUAUGAAACGAGAAAUAUUUCACAACAGAAAACAGGCAAUGACGUCAAUAUUUCUCAACACAAAUAUGACGUCGUCUUCGGCAGUUUUCGGACUUUACCUACUCUUCUCCGCUUUAGGAGGCCAGCUUUAGUUAAUACACUAAGACCGUUAACUGUACAAAUAUAUCAACUGUAUUUCAGAUUUCUAUUUAUUAUCAUUAUUUAUUUAUUAAACAAUGCAUGUAACA